AUGCCUCCUCCUGUGUGGGGGCUGCUGGGCUGCUGCUUCCUCUGGGGCUGGGCUCUGGGGGGUCUGCGGCCCCUCCGCUCUCUGCCCCCGCUGUCCUCCCAAGUCAGGCCAGGACAUGUACCCAAGUGGAUGGCCCCCGAGGGGGCUAAAGCAGCCCUGGCUUUUCUCUACUCUGGGGAUGCUCGGCAGCUGUUGGGGGCUAAUUGCAGUGAGCGCUAUGAAGCCCAAGGGGCAGAAGCCAGUCCAGGGCUUCCCCCAGUCUUAGGGAGGGCAGCGGGCACCCUCACCCAGGCCGCCAAUUUCCUCAACAUGCUGCUACAAGCCAACGACAUCCGCGAGUCCAGUGUGGAGGAGGAUGUGGAGUGGUACCAGGCACUGGUGCGCAGCAUGGCUGAGGGGGACCCAAGGGCAUACCGGGCUUUGCUGACCUUUAACCCUCCGCCAGGAGCCAGCCACCUGCAGCUGGCCCUGCAGGCCACCCGAAUGGGAGAGGAGACCAUCCUUCAGGACUUGUCUGGGAAUGGGGUACCGGAAGAGAGCUUGACCGGGGCCCUGCACACCCCAGACCUGCAGAAGCGGGUGCUGACCAAUGACCUAGGGAGCCUCGGAAGCCCCAAGUGGCCACGGGGAGAUGGGUAUCUGGGGGACAUGCAGCAUGUCAGGCUGUCGCCCCCCUUCCUGGAAUGCCAGGAGGGCCGUCUCCGCCCAGGCUGGCUUCUCACUCUCUCAGCCACCUUCUAUGGACUCAAGCCAGACCUCAGCCCGGAGAUCAGGGGCCAGGUGCAGAUGGACAUAGAUCUUCAGAAUGUGGACAUCAAUCAGUGUGCCAGCGGCCCAGGAUGGUACUCUAACACGCACCUGUGUGAUCUCAACAGCACCCAGUGCAUCCCUCUGGAGAGUCAGGGCUUUGUCCUUGGCCGCUACCUCUGCCGCUGCCAACCUGGCUUCUACGGGGCAAGCCUCGCCUGGGGGUUAGAGGGGAAUGCCACCCCACCUACCGGGCAAUUUGGGUCCCCGCAAGGCGGCUCCGGAAGGCUGCUUCAGUGCCAGCCUUGCGCUGAGGGCUGCACCAGCUGCCUGGACGCCACGCCAUGCCUGGCAGAGGAGGCCCCGGCCUUGCGGGCAGCAGUGUUGGCCUGCCAGGCCUGCUGCAUGUUCACCGUCUUCCUGAGCAUGCUGGUCUCCUACCGCUGCCGCCGGAGCAAGAGGAUCCGGGCGUCUGGAGUUGUCCUGCUGGAGACCAUCCUUUUUGGAUCCCUGCUGCUUUACUUCCCUGUCUUCAUCCUGUACUUCAAGCCCAGCGUAUUCCGCUGCAUCGCUCUCCGCUGGGUCCGGCUGCUGGGUUUUGCCAUUGUCUACGGCACCAUUAUACUCAAGCUUUACAGAGUGCUCCAGCUGUUUCUGUCUCGAACGGCCCAGCGGGGCCCCCAUCCAAGCAGUGGGCAGCAGCUUCGGCGCCUGGGGCUGCUCCUGCUGCCGGUGCUGGGCUUCCUGGCUGUGUGGACAGUGAGGGUCCUGGAGCGAGGCGGGCUGCACACGCCCCUGGUGACCCGGGGCCACACUCGCACGGGCCGCCUCUUCUACCUCUGCCAUCACGACCGCUGGGACUACACCAUGGCUGUUGCCGAGAUGCUGCUCCUGUGCUGGGGCAGCUUCCUCUGCUACGCCACGCGGGCGGUGCCCUCCGCCUUCCACGAGCCGCGCUACCUGGGCAUCGCCCUGCACAACGAGCUGCUGCUCUCCGCUGCCUUCUAUGCAGCCAGGUUUGUGCUGGUUCCCUCCCUGCACCCGGACUGGACCCUCCUCCUCUUCUUCUUCCACACCCACAGCACAGCCACCGCCACCCUGGCUCUGCUCUUCAUCCCUAAGUUCUGGAAGCCGGGGGCUCCUCCCCGAGAGGAGAUGGUGGAUGAGGAGUAUGAGGACGAGCUGGACCUGCAGCGCUCAGGCUCCUACUUCAACUGCAGCACCGUCUCAGCUUGGAGCGAGCACAGCCUGGACCCUGGAGACAUUCGGGAUGAGCUGAAGAAACUCUACGCCCAGCUAGAGGUCCACAAGACCAAGGAAAUGGCUGCUAACAACCCCCACCUGCCCAAGAAGCGGGGCAACACGCGCCCGGGCCUGGGCCGCUCCUUCGUGAGGUACCUGGCUGAGUUCCCCGAGGCCCUGGCCCGGCAGCACUCCCGGGACUCGGGGUCCCCAGGCGGCAGCAGCCUGCCCAGCUCCUCCCGCCGCCGGCUCCUCCGCUCCAGCCUCCAAGAACCUGAGGGGCCCCAGGCCCUGCGCAAGUCCCACAGCGCCUACGACCACAACCAUCGCGGGGAGCAGGACCCACCUCUCCGCGACUCACUGCUGAGGAGGAAGCUGGCCAAGAGGGCCGCCCGGGCAGAGAGCCGGGAGCUGGCAGCGGGGCCUCCUGCCCUGGGCGUUAGGUCGGCCAGCGCCCACAACCUGACGGUGGGAGAGAGGCUCCCCAGGGCCCGGCCUGCCUCCCUGCAGAAGUCGCUCAGCGUCAUGGCUGGCUCCGGGGAAAAGGCCCUGCUGGUGGCCAGCCAGGCCUAUCUGGAGGAGACCUACCGGCAGGCCAAGGCACGAGAGGAGAGAAAGAAGGCAGAGGCGAGCCCAGUUCGGAGGCCAUCGGCCAGGAGGCUGGAGGGAGCCCGAGGGGCCCCUCGGUCAGCCCCACCUUCCCCUGCCAAGAGCAGCGGCAGCAUGGACAGCUCCUAUGCCCCUGGGAAGCUUCAGGAGGAGGCUGCCCGAAGGCUGCCUCACCCCCUCAUCCAGCACCAGGUCUCCACACCCAUCAUGGCCCUGCCUGGGGCCUGCCGGGGAGAGCCAAGGAUGCUGUCUCCCACUUCCGCCUUGGCUCCAGCUCUCAUACCAGGUCCAGCCCCGGUUCUGGCUCCGGGCCCUGCCCUGGCAGCAGUCCCAACACUCGCCCAAAGCCCCAGCUUACUGACCUUCAUCUGCCCUUGGGAGAAGGCAGAGCUGCCCGUCAAGAAAGACAACGUGGCUCAAGAAGGCCCCUCCGGCCCGGAGCGAGGCCACCACUCCCCUGCCCCAGCUCGGGCCGGGCUCUGGAGGGCCCUCUCUGUAGCAGUAGAGAAAAAGGGUGCUGGGGAGAAUGGGAUGGACACGGAGGACAGGUGUCUCCAGGGGGAAGCUGAUGAUGUGGACGAGGACAGGCCCAAGAUCUUUCCCAAAUCCCACACUCUGGCCCGUUCCCGGAGCACACACAGGGAAAGGGGGAGGGGGGACGGGAGUCCUGAGAAGGACAAGGGCCGAGCUUCAGGAGAGGGGGUGGGGGCAUGCCCCAGGUCCCCCAGGUUAGGCGGGCGCAAGGGGGUGAGUAAGCAGGCGGCCCUCGCCCCCUGCGAAGAUGAGGAGUCCCUCCAGAACCAACAGAACGCGCACACCAGCAGAAUGCUCCACGUCUGUCACCAGGAGGGCAGCAGGGAACAAGAAGACAGAGGCAGGAGGACAGCUCAGGGCCAAGGGGAGGGGAGUGUUGAGAGAGCAGGUGGAACAGGGCCUGCCACACAGGGGCAAGUCAGGCAGGGCACUGCUGGGGACAAAAGUGCUGAGCAAGCAAGAGAAGCCCCUGCAGGGAGGCAGGAGCUGCCCAGAGCCGGCCUCCAGCCCCUGGGCAGUGCUGGCUGCAGGGUGGCGGAGGUUUGCCCCUGGGAAGUCCCCGAGUCAGGCACAAGUCUGUCUGACAGCAACAAGGCUGAAAUCUGCCCCUGGGAGGUGAGCGGAGGCCCGGAGAGGGGGGCAUUAAGACAAGAUCUGGCUGACUCCCGAGGAGGGAGGGGGAAAGCCCCAGAGGAAUCCGAGCCUAAAGAUGCGGCUGCCCUGGCGCGGAAGAAGCCAGAGAGGCUGGUCAGGGGGCGGGAGGCAGUGUGUCCCUGGGAGGAUGCCCAUCCCAGGGACCUGUCCCCUCAGGACUCUGAGAGAACCGAGGGCAGGUCUGAGGCAGGGGGCAAUAUGGAGGCUAAAGAGGUGGAAAAGUGUCCGCAGGAAGUCACAGGCCCAGAAGCGCGUACACCUGACAUGGCCACGGCAGAGCUCUGUCCCUGGGAGGCAAGGGGAGGAGGAGAGAACGAGAAACCAUCCCAGGAGGGAGUGAAGAAGCUCCCCCAGGAAAAGCAGAAAAGUCCCAAGAAAGCAGCCUCCGGGAAAGAACAGAAACUGGGCAGAGACUUGGAGUCUCUCUGCUCGUGGGAGAGGACUGAUUUCCGUGGCCCCUUAGCAAUCGCGACGGAGGCCCCAGGAACUCCUGUGGAGGUGUGUCCCUGGGAGGCAGGAGAGGCUCCUGCCAUCAGGAAAGCAGAGAUUUGUCCCUGGGAGCUGGGUGAUGAGGAAGUGGGGAAGGAAAUGCUACGUCAGGGGACCGGUGGAGACUCUGCCCAAGAAGAGGGUCAAGCCUCCAGAAACAGGCUCUUUGGGGAGGUAGGGGGUCAGACUGGGAAAGCAGUGCAGACAUCUGGUCCACAGCAGGAGUCUCUGUGUCCCGGGGAGAGCACAGCCCCCGGGCACUCCAGCCCGUGUCUGGACAAUUCCUCCUCCAGAGCCGGUGGCCAACUCCCCAGCAAGGAAGGAAGCAGAGCCACGCGGGUAUGCCCACGGGAAGGCCUCGAGCCAGAGGGAAAGGCAGUACCACCUGCCAAGGCAGAAAUCUGUCCCUGGGAGGUAAGUGAAGCAAUAGAGGACUGGACAUCAGGACAGGCACCCAGAGGAGGAGAAUCUCAAAAGGACAAGGAGCAAAUGCCUGAAACACCAGGAAUCAAAGAUGUCACCGCGUGGGAGAAGCCUGAGGGACAGCUCCAAAAGCGGGAAGCAGUCUGUCCUUGGGAGGGUGUGGACCCUGGCAGAUUCCACCCACAACCGGGUCCUCAAGACACAGACAGACCCAAAGCCGGUUUCCAGGUGUCAGGCGAUGUGGGAAGCAAAACUGCUGAAAUCUGCCCAUGGGACGUGGAGGACACCCUGUCUGCUGAGAAGGCAGAGAUCUGUCCCUGGGAGGUGAGCGCUGGAGCGGGGGAGGAGCAAGCUCUGGGAGGUGAGGCCUUUAGGAAACUGCCAAGCAUUACAGGAAAGGGUUCUGCAGAUCCUGGGCCCGGUGAGGUAGCUCUUACUGCUCCAAAGAAGCCAGAGAGGCCAGCUGGGGAGCGGGAGAUGGCCAGUCCCCGGGCCAGCCUGGAUCCAGGCAGCUCCGCUCAGCAUUCAGACCCUGGGGAUACUGACAGACCAAAAGCUGGAUUCCAGGAACUGGGUCAUGUGGGGGGCAGGCAAGCUGAGGUGUGUCCCUGGGAAGUAGAGGAAGCAUCCACCAAUGACAGAGCCACGAUCUGUCCCUGGGAAGUGACUGGAGGAGCUACUGGGAAGGGACUGGAACGAGAGAUGGGGAGUGACUCAGCAGAGCAGAGGGAGAACACUCCAGAAACGGGGAGACUCACCUCCCUGCAAGAAGACAGAUCAUCAAAAAGAGAGACAAAACUGAGUCAGGGGAAAGAAGCUCCUUGUCCUUGGGAGAAGGACUUGGGGGAACCCUCUGCUCAGGCCCCGAAGGCCUCAGACUCAGCCAGCAGCAUGAGUAGGAGAGUGGCAGAGGAGUGUGACCUGGAAGUCAGUGAGGAGGCAGCGGAGAAAGGAGACCUGAUACAAGACCCCAAAACGGGUUCCCUCCAAGCACUCAUAACCCAAGAAAAAGCUCCAUCUUCAAAGGCAGAAGCCACAACUGAAGAUGGGGAAAGAGCAAACAAGGAGCUACAGUCUAUCUGUCCAUGGGAAAGCACGGCCCCGGCCAUCUUUUCCUCCAGCCCCGAAAGGCAGUGCCCUGACCAACCGAACACCGGCUCUCAGAGACUGGUCAGCGUUGGGGGCAGGCACGCUGAGGUGUGCCCCUGGGAUGCUCCUGCCUCAAAGGCUCAUCGGCCUGACAGCAGCAUCAAAGCAGAGGUCUGUCCCUGGGAGGGGACUGGAAGAAUCCCUGAAGAAGGGGUGUCCACACCGAGCGGAAAAGGGGAACCUCAAGCGGAGGGGGAAGCUCCAGAAAAACCAGAAGCUGAAGCUGGGGCAGUUGAGGAAAAGCCAGGGAGGGCAGACAGGAAGCAGGAGGCUGUGUGUCCCUGGGAGAGUCAAGACAGUGGGGGUCUGUCUCCACCACCAGCCCCACAAGCUUCUGACAGGAGCAAAGGCACUUCGGAGGCAGCAGGCGGAGUGGAGGCCCGGCUAGCAGAAGUGUGUCCAUGGGAAGCCGUCGAGGUUCCCUCUGCCAAGAGAGCAGAGAUCUGCCCUUGGGAGAUGAGUACAGCAGCCACAGAGGAGGAAGGCCCAGAACAGGAGGCGGACAGAGCACUCCAAGGGCAAGGAGAGGUGUUCCUUCCAAAGGCAGGGUCUGGCGGGACUAGAGAACACUUUUCCAAAGCAGCAGCCAAAGGCAGCCGAGCGCAGGAGACGGUCUGUCCUUGGGCAGGCAUGGAUUCAGGGGGGCUCUUCCCCCAGCCAGAUGCUCUGGACACUGACCAAGCCCAAGUCAGUCCCCAUGGAGCAAGUAGUGUGGGGGGCAGGAUGGCAGAGCUGUAUCAGUGGGAAGUCACAGACCCAGAAGGAAAUAAAAUAAAGGGCACCAUGGCAGACAUCUGUCCUUGGGAGGCAACUGGAGCCCCCUCUGAGGAGCCUGGCCUCCCAGCUCUAACAGCAACGGAGACAGAAACAUUUUCCCCCAGAGGCCCUGAGGACCCACCAGGCCUUUCCAUCCAGAGGCCCCUGGGUAGCUUCCUUCCGGAAAGCAAGUGCUCCCGCCCCCAAAUGAGCCAGCCGGCCAGCUCUUUUACUCCGGAAGGCGGCAGAGAAUUCCAAGGGCCUUCAGGGCUCGGGCCAAGAACCAGCUUAGCUCCAGGGCCAACUCUCCAAGAAGCUGCGGCUCAGAAUUCUUCUUCCCUAACUGAAGACCAAGGAGAAGUGGCUUCCCAAGAUCCACAUGAAGAACUCGUCCCUCCAACUGUCUAUCCUUGGGAUUGGGAGUAACAGUUCCGUUUAAACUCGUGUGAGGUCAAACAUCGGGUGGCUGGCUUUCAGGAGCCAAAGUCCUAGGUGUCCCCAAAGAGCUGAAACAGACCCUUGACCACCCCUUUCCAGGAAAGCCAGAAGUCAAUUCACUCAAAGACAAAUUGUACAGGAAGGGUGCAGCUCAAAUCCCUACAGGAAGUCGUACCCUCUCUUGAUCUCCAAUUCUUCCUCCUGUAGCGAACAAAGGCCAGACCCUCUGCUCCUAAAGAAUCCUCCUUUCCAGCUAGAGUACGCAACACAAGCCGUCUGUGUGUAGACACUCACUUGAAAGCCAAGGUUAGGGAUGAAAGGAAAUCAGUAGCGCCCGCCCACACUUUCUCAUGGGGAGACCCUAGUCUUCUCUGAAGUCUACAAAGGACCUUUUUGUUUUAAAGAAGAAACGAAACCACACAAGGUGCUGACUGUUCAGGGGCUGAGGGUUACAGAGGCUAUACAGGUCACCAUAGGAAGCUUAAGAAGCCACUUAAUUGAAGUUCAAAGAUAAAUAAGAGGAAAAACCUAAAUGGCUCAAAGGAGGUGCCUGAAAGGCCUGAAGACCUUGUCAUUUUGACUCUGGAUCUCCAGUUUCGGCUUAAUCGAUCCUCAGACCUGCCUUGUUUACUGAUGAAGCAGAGCCAACCGAGCAAUCUUACAUCCAUAUCAUCUGCCCUCCAAAGCAAUAUCAGAGACGGAGCCAUAUCAUCUGCCACCCAAAGCAAUAUCAGAGACGGAGCAGAGAAGAAAAGGCAAUCGCUCCAGGUCCUCCCCGCGUGGGCCAAGGUCGAGUUCUCCCUUCUAGACACUGUGUCUCCCAGUUUAGCUUUUUCAGAUGGCCCCUUCUUCCUGCCCCAUCUUUUGCCAGUCUAGAGUUCAUCUCACUGGCUCAUUCUCCCCCUCCUAGCCUUUCAGUGCCGUCAUCAAAGGGACCCCUCUCUGUUGUCAAUGCAACUGGAGCCAGAGGGAAUCUCUGGUUCUGAUGCAAGAACCACUCCAAGUCACUUGCUCAGUAACAAGAGGCCCACAUCAGUCUCCUCCCAGAGAAGCCUGAGAAAGAAAGGAGGUCCUGUUUGCAGCCAGCACCAUAAACUGCCCCCAGAAAGAGUAGUGCUACAGAGCAGGUGAGAGGCCUGAGGGCUGGGGAAAGGGUAUCCUGUAAAUACAAAGCCUUCUUUCUUACAGAGCUCUCUUGUUCUUAGCUCAGCUCUAUUCUCUUAAGUCAGUUCAGGCUCCUCUUUCUUAAGCAAUCCUAGAUAACAGAGUGCUGGAUUUAGAUGAUACUACCAGAGGGAAAUGAGGAAAGAGAAAAACAUUGGUCACAGAAGUCCCAGGACUGGCAGUGGUGAGUGGGGGUAGAAACAUGCAGGCUGAACAUGGCAGAACUGGGCAAUGUUAACUAAACAGAUACUGAUGCCAUUCACAGGGAGGAAAGGCAAAAUAAGACCAAAUACCCAACGGGGAAGAAAUGAGUCUGCAUGUGAAUACUCUGGGCAGACACAGCAAGUCACAGAAAAAGUAGCUACAUUGCCAAAAAGGAAGAAAAUGAAUGGAGUAACCCACAUUUUCAGGAACUAAAUACCCUUGUUCUCCUCUCUACAGAAGUAUUUGAUGUCUGUUGUUGCUCUGGGCUCUGGCUGGUUAACCCCACAGCUUCUGAACCAAUGCAUAGUUUGCUAACUGCGCACCUCAGAACAAUCCCAUUGGGUCUGGUCUAGCUGGGAACAAAAAUAUUGUCUCUAUAUCCACCGCUAUGAAAUAAACCAUAUAGAAAAAAAUAAAGAAUGCUUUUCCUUGGCAGUUGGUUGUAGCUUCAUUCAUUAUGGUGAUUUUCUUUUUUCAAUGUUUUUAAACAAGAACGGGAAUGAAAACAAUGCCUGCUCUAAAGCCCAAGGUUACAACACUGCAGCCUUCAGGGCUUCCACUCUGUGGCUGGCUCUGCAAAUGGCUCUGCCUGGUCUUUCUAGCCAAUCCUUCACAUCUGGGCCAUUCGCCCAUCUGGAUUUGAUCCCAAGGGGAAAUGAAAACUGCACUUAUCCUCUGGCCCCCUGUGGCAGCUACUGCGUAGCUGCUAUUUAGGAUUAUGUAGAGACCCCGGAGACAGAUCUAGGGGAGUGGGGUGAAACAGCUUAUUUAAAGCACUGUUUUCACAUAUUCAGAGAAUCGAUGUAUCAUUUGCCCAGUAAGUCUGCUUUGUCUCUCUGCUUCCCUACCCAACCUGGGUUACCUCCCCUUACUCCUCCUGGCUGUGGAUCCUGCUCAAAGCACUUCCCAUCUCAUUUUGCCUUAAUCUGGGGAUCACACAAAUAGGAUAUGGCCAAACCUUACAUGGGCUGCAAAAUGAUGUACAUUUUAAGCCAAAGAGAUUGAAACUAAGUAGCAUGAUGGGAGUGGCUGUUUUGGAUUAACCCAUCAAUGCUGCCUCUUCCCUAAGCCUACACAUCUUGUCUCCAUAGCCAGCACUCAGCAGCUGUUGCAAAAACAAC